CGGACUCGUGGAACAUGGAGGUUGUCAAUACUAUUAGCACAGCGUCGUUACCUUCUACUUACGUAACGCUACCCAGAUCGUCCCGGGGUUGUAGCCAUGACAACUACCAGCAGCCCUGUGGAAGUGCGGACGUCCAGUACGCGGAACUGCUUUUAAGCGGGGCUGUUGCCACGCCGGGCCCCCACCCCCGCAACCCCCGCCACGUCGUGUACGCCACGCUGGACGCCAAGAGCCAGCACGCCCACUUCCCGCCCCAACACAGCCAACCCGCUUACCCACGCCCAGUGUCCGCCACCAACACGCCCACCCAUGUGCUCCACCACCAACACCCGCCCAACACGCACGCUCUGUGCCAACCCUUAGUGGGCGGCGGGGAGGUGCACCACCACCCCCAGCAACACCAUUCGAUUCCCGCGGCCCACCCACAGGGGAGCCACUGCCCCUGGACGACGGCCACGGCGACGCUGCCCCGACGACACUCCCUCAGGAGAGAUCCGACCCCCCGCGACGCCGAGGACAGCGUGCCGCUCAUGACCUCGCAGAAGGAGAGCUCGGUGUGAGGAAGGCAAGGGACCGGCGGCGCCUUUCCUAGCUGAGCGUUGGGCGUAUAUUUAUAGGUCCUAUUUACCACCGUACUUCCAUAUUCAUAUCUGACUCUCGUUUUCGGAUUUUGAAGUCAGGUUCAGUGACUAUCCUGAAAAUGUGUUUAAAAAACAGGAAGAGUUGAACACACGCUCACGCACAGAACAUACAUAAAUAUAUAUUUCUCUAUUU